UUUUCAUGUUGCCGACUAAUCAUAACUGUCAUUGUAUAUUUCUUCGAUCAAUCCGACUUAUCUUUGCUGAUGUUGUCGCGGAGUUAGAGGGGUAAUUCAUGUUUGAUAUCCGCCCACAGUAACGAGCAGAUGUGAAUAUGCGAGAAAGCGUAUCUCAUAGAUUCAAAGCUGGUCUACCCAAUCAAGAUGAGAUGCAUUUCUGAAUUGGUGAGCGACAAACGACAACGAAUGAUCGUCGGCUCGCUUUGAAUCCGUUAAGGGCCUUGCAAUAGAUAAGCGCCACAGAUAAACCAUUUCUGAUAGGACUGUGGGAUGUAUGCAACCUGAAUACAGAGAGUGGACAUACUCAACUAUGAAUGACUUGAGGACGUAUAUGAAGUCAGGACGGAUGUUUGGCCCACGGAAUUUGCUGAGAUGUAGCAAAGAAGCCGUGCUGAUUGCCCGACUGCAAUCACGCCACACAGCACAACACCUCCUGUGUUGUAAGAAGCAUGUAAGCUUGUUCAAGAUGCCAAGAGAGUUCACUUAGAAGGUGACGCAUUUGACACU